AUGCUGGGAGGAAGAAGAAGAGGAGGAAGAACAGCUAGUGCUGGUGCUGGUACUGGUACAGCUGCUGGUGAUUGUAGAAGGAGGGUAGCUAGGGAAAAGAGAAAUAACAUUCCGGCAGCGGUGGUGGUGGCGGUUGAGGGGAGAAAGACGCCGGUCAAGGAAUCCUUAUACAGCGACUUAAGAGGUCUCCUAAAUCUAUAUGAAGCUGCUCAGGUCAAAGCACAUCAAGACAAAAUUUUAGAAGAAGUUCUUGCUUUCACAACCAUCUACUUGACACCUGAAAUUCCUCAUAUGGGUUCUAGUAUUCUUGCAAAACAAGUGAAACAUGCCCUUGAGCAGCCAUUCCAUAAGGGCAUACCAAGAUAUGAGGCUUAUUGUUACAUCUCCAUAUACGAGGAAGAUGAAUGUUAUAACAAACUACUAUUACGGCUCGCCAAAUUGGAUUAUCACUUGUGGGGAAAGGAGCUGGACAUCCUAUCAAAAGUUCCAUAUGCAAGGGACAGAUUUGUGGAAUGCUACUUUUGGGUUGUUGGAACCAUUUAUGAACCUCGGCACUCUCUUGCUCGAAUGACUUUGGCAAAAGCAAUAGCCAUUGCUGGAAUAAUUGACGAUACCUAUGAUGCUUAUGGAACUCUUGAUGAACUCAAAAUUUUAACGGAAGCUGUGGAAAGAUUGGAUGGAAAUGGAAUUGAGCAGCUCUCAGACUACUUGAAGACUUCUUAUAUGAUACUUUUGAAUUUUAAUAAGGAGCUUGAGGAAGAUUAUGUAAAAAACAAAGUACCUGUGCGUUUGACAAGGUCUGCAGCUUUCAUGGGCAUGGAUAGUGCCACAAAGGAUGUUAUGGACUGGAUGUCAACUCAUCCUAAACUCUUUGUUGCUUUGGGAAAACAUACUCGAUUGCUUAAUGAUGUCGGCAGUUACAAGGUUUGA